GAACAAAGUGUAUUAAACUAUAAAGUGGAUUUGAUUCUGCUCGGUUCAGUUUUAACCCCGAAGCCUCGACUGCCUCUCAAUCUCUAGGCCAAAUUGGAAAUCUUUAUUCUCCUCAACAAAACGUCUUACAAUCCCGUCAAUCCUCUCACGCCCUCUUCCGAUUCGUGCAUGUAAUCGGCACUGACUUGGUGUAUUUGCUCGCCAGUUUCUCUGACAAGGCGAAACAUUGACAAGAAUGGAUCAGCAGAGAUUGGGACCUCUGAUUGACUUUUUGCAGUUCCUUGGGACAGAUUUGUCCUCAUACAUCAUGAAUUUCUUAGAUGAUCCAGCUGAUGUGGUUCGGGCAAGCGCGGUCUCGUCCUCUUGGCGCGAGUUUGUGAUUUCGAAUGGAUUUGCAAAAGGACUGUGCAUAAAAGCAUUCCCCCAACUCUCCAGUGUUGUUUCUAUAGUUAAAGGAGGCGAAGGGGCCGAAACUUCAUCUGAAGCCGAGACUAACAAUGGCAAUAACACCAGUGUUCCUGAGAAGGAACACAAGGUGUAUGCAUCUCUGCUUCAGGCCCUCACAAAAUCGAAAGUUUCUCCCAGGGAUUGCAUAGCAACUGCUGUUAGCGCAUCCAGCACCGACAAUUAUCCUGAUGAAAGUAUCGUCAACACUCUGAACCCGAGGGACAGGUUCAUUAGGAGGGCUUCAUACUGGUCAAGCAAGGGACACAGCGAUCCAGAAGUGCCUGAGUCAUUGAUAUAUAAACUAAGAGCCGGACUUUGGGUUCUUACUGAAAUUGAUAUCCAACCAUUUGAAGCUUUCUUCCAGCCGGGGAAACCUUUAUACUCUCCAAAAUCUGUAAGAUUCCGCAUAGGUCAUCCUAAACCGUCAAGUGAGAUUGGCAACACCCUCGAUCACUUGCCGUUGCAGAAACCUGCCGAUGACAAAUUUGUGUGGACUUACACAUCGCCAGAGUUUCCAAUGAUGCAGGCGAAUGUCCUGCAGCCUUUCAAGCUGCCAGAACCAGUCCUCUGCAUCGGUGGAUACUUGCAGAUUGAGCUGUUGGGAAGGGUUCAGAGGCAGGAAAUGGACGGGCUGUUCUACAUAUGUGUGUGCUACGUUCGAGUUCUUGGGCGACCCCUUUUUCCGGCAUUUGACAUAGAAAUCCAGGGGCCAGAGCAACAGCUCUUGCUCAAGUACUGUCCGGAAAGAAUUGGGUUGGUGCUGGAGAGCUCUCCCAGCUCGCAAGUUCCUCAUUUUCGGCACCUGGAAGAAGAGAUGCUGUGGGAGCGGAUAGGGCUGUUGGAGGAUUUGCUGCGCGGGAUACAACAGGGGCCUAACAACCCCUUCAGGUUGGAUGACGACAACGAGGAUGGAAUCCACGACGGCGGCGUUGCUCUGUAAUAACUCUGCUCCUCGGAUGUGUUUUUCCCGAUCAUCACUGGAACUUUUAGAACUUCCCAUACACAUAUAUAUACACUGACUGCUGCCUGUGUUCAUCUGAGAGAGAGAGAGAGAGAGAGAGAGAGAACGUCUCUAUUAACGAUGAACCAUGUUCUAUCCUUUUUUUCUUUGUUAUUUCCCGUAAUUGGAUGAGUACGUUCAUGUGUAAUUUCUUCAUCAGUCUUGGUUCGGUUUGAAUACUCUCUCAAUUUCUACUCAUUUUAUGCAUUUGAUUCUAUAAA